UCUUGAUGACUAGUGGUGAGCUAAGUAUGUAAGGUGCAGGUGGAACAACAGACAGCGCCUAUGGCCACAAUUUGACAUGAUUUUGAACAAAUUUUAAUACCUCUUCUUCUAGUUAACCUUUGUUGUCAGCAUAAGGGAAGGAAACUCACCCUCAAUGCCUCUAGGAGGAGUCAAGGAUCGCUUAUUGGGAUUUCUUCCAGGAAGGGUGCAACAUGAUGAUGAGUGGCGAACUGUUUUUGUACUUAAUAAGUAUCCUAGCAAUGACACAGAGGUUGAAGUCAAGCAGAAGAGAUAUGCUAACAAUGUAAUUGUUACAUCAAAGUACACAAUAUUGAAUUUUGUCCCAAAGAAUUUGUUUGAACAGUUCCGUAGAAUUGCAAACUUUUACUUCCUCUGCAUUGGUGUGAUUCAGCUCUUAAUUGACAGCCCUGUGAGUCCAGUGACCAGUAUUCUUCCUCUGGUCUUUGUGAUAACAGUCACUGCCAUGAAACAGGGUUAUGAAGACUGGCUUCGUCAUAAGGCAGAUAGAGAGGUUAAUAACAGACCAGCCAAGGUCAUCAGGCAAGGACAGGUGGAAGAUAUCCCUUCCAAAAAUGUCAAGGUUGGUGAUAUUGUUCAGGUAUUAGAUGAUGAAGAGAUUCCUUGUGAUCUUGUGGUGCUGUCCUGUGAUGACCCAGAUGGAACAUGUUAUAUCACAACUGCAAAUCUUGAUGGUGAAACAAAUCUCAAGGUGCGUAAUGCAUUGUCUGAUACAGCAGGAAUGCAGUCUGCUGAGCAGCUCUCUCAUUUGAUUUCACAUGUGGAAUGUGAGCACCCAAAGGAAGAUUUGUACAGUUUCUCAGGUCGAAUGGUAGUGACACCCAGAGGGGGUGGAGAAUCAGUACUCAAGGCCUUAGGUCCACAGAAUCUGCUUUUGAGAGGAGCUCGGUUAAAGAAUUCCACAUACACUUUUGGUGUUGCUGUCUACACUGGCAGGGAAACAAAGAUGGCCCUCAAUCAGCAGCAAGGGGCUCACAAGUUUUCAACAGUAGAGAAGACAAUGAAUGUGUUCCUGAUUGUUUUCCUUAUCGUGCUGCUGAGUCAAGGAGCUUUGUGUGCUGGUCUGAUGUUCUGGAAACAAGGUACACCAUCAGGGAAGCCAUCCUAUAUCUAUCAAGAAGAACUUAAAAUCACAUUCACAGGUUCUAAUGGUGUACUGGAUACAUUUCUUGUAUUUCUUAUUCUGUACAAUUACGUCAUUCCCAUCUCACUGUAUGUUACAGUUGAGCUUCAAAAGUUUAUUGGGGCAUUGUUUUUUGCUUGGGAUCUUAAAAUGUACUUGGAGGAAACAGAUGAGCAGGCCAUUGCCAAUACAUCUGACCUGAAUGAAGAACUAGGACAGAUCGAGUAUGUGUUUACUGACAAGACAGGAACACUUACUGAAAAUGAUAUGCAGUUCAGAGAAUGUUCUAUAAAUGGUUACCAGUAUGUGGAGUUAAACAGUCAGUUAUUUGUGGCAGAUCAAACAGAUGGUGCUUGUGUUUCUGCUCAAAGUGUUUCUUCAGAAGUUAUGCAGUUCUUCUUGGCACUGUCCCUUUGCCAUACUGUUCAAGCCUCCAAGGAGACCAAUCAAGAUUCUAUCUAUGAUUAUCGGUACCAGGCUUCAUCUCCUGAUGAAAAAGCUUUAGUGGAAGCAGCUGUAAGAUUUGGAGUCACCUACCGAGGAAAGAUCGGUGAUGAUAUCGAAGUCAAAGUUGAUGAUGUGAUUGAAAGGUACACACUUCUUCAUGUUCUUGAAUUUGAUUCAACAAGAAAAAGAAUGAGUGUUAUCGUUAAGUCACCGAGAGGUGAGCAUGUGAUGCUAGUGAAGGGAGCUGAGACUGCUGUGCUGGAUCGACUGGCGUCUGGACCCAAAGAUAUUACUCUUGAUCAUGUGAAUGAAUAUGCCGAGAAAGGACUGCGGACAUUAGCUGUUGGUCGUAGAGUGCUUUCUGGAGAAGAAUAUGUUGUUAUUAAUGCUAAGAUCAAUAAGGCCAAACAAGCAAUUCUUGAUAGAGAAGAACAACUUGCACGUGUUUAUGAUGAAGUGGAGAGAGAUUUUCACAUCCUUGGAGCAACGGCUGUUGAAGAUAGAUUGCAGGAUGGAGUUCCGCAAACAAUAGAAGCCUUGCGUGAAGCAGGGAUCAAGGUGUGGGUUCUUACUGGAGACAAGCAGGAAACAGCAGUCAACAUCAGUCACUCAUGUGGACAUUUCAAGGCGGGAAUGGAAAUGAUGUUUGUCACAAAGAAGCAGUCGGAGAGGGAAUGUCAAGAAGAGCUUGUUAGCUGCCGUGACAAGAUUCAACGCCGACCGCCCACAGACAGUAGGCAGUAUGCUUUAGUUAUCGACGGUGUUAGUUUGUCUCAUGUUCUUCGGGGCUGUUCAGAAUUGUUUGAAGGAAUCUGUCAAAAAUGUGUUGCUGUAUUGUGCUGUAGAAUGUCGCCUUUACAGAAAGCUCAGAUUGUCCAGUUAGUAAAGAGCUCCUGUGAGAAGCCGGUGACUCUCGCCAUAGGUGACGGUGCUAAUGAUUGUGGUAUGAUUCAAGAGGCUCAUGUGGGUAUCGGUAUCAUGGGAAAAGAGGGUCGGCAGGCGGUCAGGACAAGUGACUACGCUGUGGCUAGGUUCAAAUUUCUACGGAGGAUACUGUUGGUGCAUGGCCACUGGUAUUAUGUUAGAGCUGCAGUUAUGGUGCAGUACUUUUUCUAUAAGAAUGUGUGUUUCAUCACACCACAGUUUUUCUACGCAUUUUUUACCUCUUUCUCCGGUCAGCCGUUGUACCUCGCAUUCUUUUUAACCGCUUACAACAUUUUCUUCACGUCGCUUCCCAUUUUUGUCUAUGGCAUAUUUGAGCAGAAUGUCAACGGUGACGCAUUACAAAGUCAGCCGCACUUAUACAGGGAUUUAAGUAAGAAUUAUCGCUUAUCAUGGACAGAAUUCUUCUUUUGGGUAAUGUCUGGUUAUUGGCACGCAUUAGUAUUCUUUUUUGGAUCGUACUUCUUCUUUCAAGGCGACGCAAUAGGACCUGCCAUGUUGCAAUAUGGGAACUGGUCAUUUGGAACGUUUGUGUUUACUGUUUGCGUCAUAGUCAGUAAUCUCAAGCUGGCACUGGUUACACAUUACUGGACAUGGAUGACUCACGUUUCUACAUGGGGCUCCAUCAUUCUGUUCUUCGUGUCCACCAUCACAUAUAAUAGUGAGACUUGGAAGGGUUUCCAGCUAGCAUUCAGUGACGCGAUAUCAUUAGACAUGUACAAAUUAUUCUACCAACUGCUGUCCCAAGGAGUGGUAUGGCUGGCCAUAUUAUUACUCAUCUUCAUGGCUCUUUUACCUGAUAUCUUCUUCAUGCUCGUUGGUCGACAAUUUUAUCCUUCAGAGACACAAAGAGUACAGGUUGAUACCGGAAGACAGGAUAGGGCGGUACUUACAAGCAGUGUGGAUGUUGGCACAGUAUCGUCUGUGGCACCAGAGUUCUCUACUGAAAGCGACGUGUCAUUGAUCGCAUUUACUAGUAGCAAUAAUUCAGAUUUGCAGCAAGCUUAAGAACUUUUUGAGCUAGUUAUUGGAUUAUUUUUCAGUAAAUUUUACAAUUUAGUGAAUUUAGACUGUUUUAAUGAUAAAUUAAUCGUAUGAGAUUGUGUGAGUUAAAAUCUAGACCGGUGCUUUCUUGAGUAAAUAAGAUACUAAAAAUAAUUUUAAAAUAUAGUGAGAUGAUAUGAAGAUGAAAUAGCUCAGGAAAUUACAUAGAAUAUCUAAAUUUGUAGAAGAUGAUCACUCGUGAAUAUAACUUUGUCUUUGUUCAGAAAGUACUUAAACAUUACAAAGAGAAUUUUGAAAAUAAACUUUAGAAUGAAUUGA